AUGCCUGUCGGAUUGCUCACUAUCCCGAGGGAGAUUCGCGACCUCAUACUCGAUGAGGUCGUCUUCCUACCCGAUCGCCCACCCCCGCUUAACCCCUCAGUCAGCCAGGACCGUAAGAGGCGCGAGUACAAGGGCAAAGGCUUCUCUGAUGGCCACGACAUUUGGGUAGAGAAGCAGAUCCGCGCACCGCCGUCGGGCUCCCCCAACAACGCCAUUCUCCUCGUCAAUCGCCAAUUGCACGACGAGGCCAAGAUGCUGCUCGCCUCAAAGGGAACCCACUGUCGUCUCGAUGUCAUGUAUGUUAAAGAAUGUGGCUUGUGGCCGACUUGGCUCGCCGUGCCAAGAUCCACCCGUCAUGCCGACAGCGUCCACGUCCAGUUCCGCAUCUUCGAUCCACCCGCCGACGUCAAUCCUGACUGGAAAAACGAGGAACAGUUUCGCGGCGGCGACGGCGGCCCGCCAUUCAUUGUCUGGAACUUUUACGCCAUGCUCUCAGGGUACCUCCAAUACGGACCGACCGCCUUCAGCAGUGUCGUCGCCGACUCGUCAAACUUCACCAUCAAGAGGCUGGUGCUAGACGUUGUUCCGCCCCCGCCCGAGGAGAAGCACGACCGUCUCGUGUCCGGCGGUGCGCGGCGGCCACCUGCGCAUGACAUGUUUGAAAGAUUUACCACCAUGGUCAUGGAUGCAGAGAAACGUGAGCGCCGAGGCAUUACUUGGCCCCGUCCGCCCGAAGGCAAGGAGAGUCUCAUACCAGCCGAGAAGCUUGCUUUCUUCAUGUGCUGUCAGAUUGGCGGUCUCUUGUCCAUGUACAGAGACUGGGCCGACUUCGGCGCCAUCCUGUACGAAGGAAUCGGGAGCAUCGAGAUCCGCGUAAACGGCGAGCCGCGACGCUACUUUGACCUGGACGAGAUGCUCGACAGGUUGCCCAUACAGCCGAUCGCGGCCUGGAACGAAAAAGAACAGCAAAAGAGACAAAAACGCUUCGACGACUGGAAGGCGCAGGCGAUUGCAACGAGAAAAAGCUGGAAAAAAUGA